AUGAAUGCACCACUCUAUCAGCGUCUUCGAGCACUCGAUGCUGCUCUUUUGAAAGACAAUCACAGUCAUAUCGAUACGAUAUCGAUCGCACCGCGAAAGACUGUCACUACGAAAGAAGAAGUGGAAACGCUGUUCUCGACGGCCUUGGGAGCUGGAGAAGAGGGUAUUGUUGUGAAAAGAAAAGAUGUGCCAUACCAACCUGGUACGAGGAUGACGAAGAACGGCUGGUUCAAGCUGAAGGCGUACCUGGGUGAUAACGAAAUGGACGUGGCCGUGGUAGCUAUAGUGCCAGAAAAAGGCAAGGAUGGUCAAAUCGCCUACCAGCUGGCAGUACGUGAUGGCGAUAUUUAUCGGACCAUAACUACUUGUUCAUCGGGCCUGAGCCGAGUGGAUCGGGAUUACAUCUAUAAUUUGGCUUCGAGCGCUGAAGGACCACUUCUGAAGGAAGCUCCUCCAGAAUUACGCGGUUGGGCUAUCGAAGGAAAAGGCGGGUUCAUUCGAAGGGAGCAUUGGCUGGUUGUGGAAAUGACGGCGGCCGGUGUUCGUGACGGUAAGUUCAUCGAUCCAGUGAUGAAAAGAAUUCGCCACGAUAAAGACGUCGACGAAGUGGACACAAUAGAGACAUUUCGAGAAUACGAGCAGAUCUUGUUGUCGAGUAAGCUUUCCGCGAAAAAGCCCAGCGAAGGAGAAAAAGAAAAGGGUGCUGUCCCGGAGGUUGACGCGAAAUGUGUGCGUACUGAAUCGCCCCUAGCUGGACAUACAGUAUGUGUUCUGUUUGGGACCGAUGAACGACUACGAAAGCGCCUCAUGGAAAUUUUGAAAAAGUUUGGAGCAAAUGUCGUUGCGAAUCCUGGC